AAAAAAAAAAAAAAAAGAAAAAAAAGAAAAAGCCCCAACCGACUUGCUCUCUGACGUUGUCCUCAAAUUUUCCUAAUCGCCUACGGAAUUUGUUGAUCCUCCUGAACUCUGAUCUACCAUGGCCUCCAAUGGUGCUUCUAUGCAGAGAGCUCAGGACGCAGAAAACAGCUUGGAGAAGAUCAAGCGGCAGUUAGCCUCGGGUUCUGGUAGGAAUUUGCUUCAGGGUCCACUCCUUAAGCGCUCCGAAACACUGAGAAAAUGGAAUGAGAGGUGGAUGAUCUUAGAUCCUACUACUGGAAGAAUGGAAUACAAGAUUAGGAGAAACGAGCCAACUGUAAAGGGAACCAUUGUUUUUGAUGCAAAUAGCACGAUCACUAUUUCUCCUGUGAACUUCCAUGGGCUACCAAAGUAUGAUGGCUGCUGUUUCUAUAUAGGAACCCCACAGAAAAAGGACUACUUCCUUUGUGCAGAAACUCCUGGUGCGGCUAGAGCUUGGGUAUCAACUUUACAGGCAACACAGCUGGUCCUAAAGGCCCAUAAGGAGGCUGUGAAUUCCUUAAGUGGCAAUGGUUCUGCAAAAUUAGGAACUGUCGCAGCAGUUGUUGCAGCUGCCAAUUCUACUGCUUUGGAAUGUUCCAAAGAAAUUGAAGCAGCAAUGCAGAUAUCCCUGAGAAAUGCUUUGGGGAUGAUGACCAAUAAGACAGAUGAUGGUCCAUUGGAUGAUCUUACCAUCAUGAAGGAGACACUUCGAGUCAAGGAUGAGGAACUUCAAAAUUUGGCUCGGGAUCUUCGUGCAAGGGAUUCAACUAUAAAAGAUAUAGCAGAUAAAUUAUCUGAGACAGCUGAAGCUGCUGAGGCCGCAGCAUCAGCAGCACAUACAAUGGAUGAGCAAAGGAGAAUCGCUUGUGCAGAAAUUGAGCGGUUAAGAAAAGAUUCAGAGAAUCAGCUGGAGUCCUCCAGGUUGAAGCUAAGGGAAUAUGAAGAAAAAAUAAUGGCGUUAAGUAAAGAAAGAGAUCAAUUGAUCAAGCAGAGAGAUUCUGCUUUUCAGGAGGCACAUAUGUGGCGUUCUGAGCUUGCAAAAGCUAGGGAGCGUGUUGUGAUACUGGAAGCAGCUGUUGUGAGAGCAGACGAGAAGGUCAGGGUUGUGGAGGCAGAUGCUGAAUCUAAAAUAAAGGAGGCUGUGCAGAAGGAGUCUGCUGCUUUGAAAGACAAAGAAGAGCUUCUAGCAUAUGUAAAUAAGUUACAAGCACAACUUCAAAGGCAUCACAUUGAUACAAAGCAAGUCUUUGAGGAAAAGACUGAAUCUUGCUCAGAUAUGGGAAACAUCCUUCCUCUGACAAAACAUGUAGAUUUGUCUGAGGAGAAUGUUGACAAAGCAUGCCUUAGCGUUUCUAGAGCAAUUUCAAUAUCAGGUGAGAGUGUAGUCCAUGUGGCAGGGGAUCAGGUCAACCUCCGUCCAGUUGGUGAAGGCGAAUGGAGCGAUAUUCAGGCAACAGAAUCAAGGAUAGCUGAUGUGAGAGAAAUCUCACCGGAGACAGAAGCAAGCAGCUUGGAUAUUCCUGUUGUUAGCCAACCAGUUACCAGCCAUCAUGAUCGGCAAGGACCAAACUCUUUUCAUCAGCCUUGAAAAAUGAAAUUGUCAUAAUAGAUUUACAGAAGACCAAAAUCAUUAGAAGAGUGUAGGAAUAUGCCAGUCUUUUAUAGAAGUGAUUUAUAGGAGAAAUGUGAAACUUUUAUGGUGUAGUUUUUCCAAUUCAUAAAUUGAACUGCUGUUAUCAACAGGUUCAUUUAUGUCGAUAUUGUGCUGUUGAGUUUCUUCUUCAUAAUGAAGGAAUAUGAAUUCCAGUUGAAGUUGUUUA